AUGUUUUCCUGGAUCACAGGACCGCGCAUCACAAAUGUGAUUGAAGACCUGCAGGCAGAACCUGCUUACGAGUCUACCUUUAUCGAUCCCCCUGAGACGCCAGCUCACCAGUUCGCCGUCAAGGCAUUCAAGCACGCCAUAUUUGGGACGCCUGCGCCUGAAGACCUCAACCAUGCGACCCGGAAGUUCGAGGCCAGGGCUAAGGUAGUUUUUGCGAACGCAAAAUCCACAGAGCUACCAGCACCAAAAGACAACGAACUAUCACAAUCGCCCUCAAAGAGAGUCGGUGGGAUUCUCAUGACUCCAGGGACGGCAAACAAAGGACGGAAGACGGUGUCGUUUGGGUCUCAGAUAGAGGAUAAUGAGGGGAAAAGGAGCGGCAUCAACAAGAGCGGCAUACCCAACGACUGCCCUGGGAAGUUCCCCAGUCCUUGGACGCCUGGCACUGAGCUGAGGCUGGACCCUGGGAGUGACAAAAGACCUCGCACUAAGCUCACUGAAGCUCUGCUCGAUGCGCGCACAGCCACACAACCGAAAUCUGGACAGAAGCCCAAAGCCAGAGACGACAGCGACAUUACUUUAGAUCUAGGUGCGCCACGAUCCGAGUCGGGCAAAUACUGGAAGGAACAAUACGAGAAUUAUGCGGAGCGAAGUGAGAGGGAGAUGAAGAAGAUUGUCGCAAAGCAACAGCUUGCUAAGAAGUUUGCAAUGAAGAAGGAUAGCGAGGUUACUGAGCUGGCCACGAAGCUUGAGCAGGAACGCAAGCGGUUCAGAUCACGGGAGCGAGAGCUUGAGCAACAGAACAAGGACUACCAGGAACGACUACGUCAGGCUAUGGCUGAGAACACUUCAACAAGCAUCGAAGCAGCGGCUUUGAGGUCACGAAUAGCCGCGUUGGAAAGCACGGCGGCGGUGACCGCGACCAGCUCAGAAGCAAAACCCGACUUCUCGAUCUAUGAAGAUACAAGCAGGGAGGCAUCACGGUUGCGAAAGCAGUCAGAAGCAGUGCUCGAGGCGCCACUGGUACCUUUGCUAACCGUAGUAUCGUCUGUUAAAGAGAACAGCUCCCCACCAAAGUCGAGAAGGAGUCGUCGUCAGACUCUGCCAGACACCACGGGUCGUCCCAGCGGCCCGUCCCAGCUAGGAACGGCGGAAGACGAGGCCUCAAUCAUAUUGGCAAAGUCUCCUGUUGCCCCCAUCGAGGCUUUGAAGCCAUCGUUGCAACCCCCUCCGGCAUCACGACCCUCGAGAUCGCCGCUCAGCACCCGCAAAGCCAGCCCAGCAAAGGAGAAUAUCGGUCCUUCUUCGCCAGUGGCUGCCCUCCCCUCCAGCCCGCUACCCAUGCCUUCACCAAAUCUACCAGAUCCGUGGAUGAACAUGGAUGAGAGCUCGAUACCACAGUUGGACAGGAGGGCGAUGCCUACAGCAGGAUCACCAUAUACCCACCCAGCGUGGAACCCUCCACCAAAGAAGCACCGCGUGUCUAAAUCGGCAUCGCAGACGGCAAAACCAGACUCACGGGCUGUCCGCCGACAAAUAGAGAAAGCGGACGCGAAGAUUGGGACAGCGAAGGCCCAAAGCCGUGCCGCAGAGAAGCCAGAACUGGAGCUAGAAGCACGAUUAGCUGCACUAACCGCUAAGCCGCUGAAGAAGCAAGAGGCGGAGAAGUCGAAGACAGACGCUGUUCUGCACUCACCCACUGACCCCAAGUUCGAUCUUUCGAAGAUUACAUCCCACCACGCGGAAGGCUCUGCGAAGGUCAAGAGCGACAGGGCUGAGGCGUUGCCUAUUGACCGAAAGGCGGAGGCACGGAGGCGGUUGGAAGAGCGGAGGAAACUGAAGAAGGCCCCGCCUGCAUGA